UCUCCUUCCUCUCGCGUUGGUUCAUUCGACACUCAAAUGGCUUCUUCGUCUACGCCACAGGGAUCCGUUGACCCUCUCACAGGGAAAGAUCCAGCGAAGGCGUUAACAGCUGUAGCGUCUGGAUUCUUCGAUAACGUGAAGAAGAACAAGCAGAGCUUCUUUCAGUUCUUCGCGAUGACUGGGAUUUUGCUUCUGAGCUUCCGAUCGGUAAGUCAGAAGUAUCGAAUCCACGAUCUGGAGGAAGACACGGCUGUUCUCAAGAAGGAGAGUGAUAGUUUGACGGAUCGUAUGAGUAAAAUCAAGAGCGAUCUUCUGCAUCAAGCGUCGAUUGACUCUACCGGUGUAUUUGCUUCUCGACUCCGUCUGCUUUUCGGUGAUGAUAAAAAGUAGACGGGAGAUUGGUUGGUUUUGAAGUCAACGAGGUUAUAUUAGUUCUCUACAGAUGUAUCUGUCUGUAAAGUCUCUGUCUUUGUCUGGAAUCUUUUUUUUUUCUUCGGUAGAUUGUGUAAGGUUUUGGCGAAUGAAUGAGUAGGGUUUUAAGUUGAUGUGAUUCUGACAAAAUGGUGUAACGUUUUGGAUUAUCGAAACGCUGGUUUAUGUUCA